AUGGCCUCGGAACACACGGUAACCAAGGUUUUGUUGGAAUGGAUCAACAGCUUCUCCCUGGGCAAAACACUGCGGGCCACGGAUGAAUUGACGGACGGCAUUAUCUUAUGGGAGAUCCUGCAGGAUAUCGACCCGCAGUACUUCCUCGAUGAGAUCCCCGAACGCGAACCGGCGGACCACUGGGUCGCCAAAUGGCAGAACUUGAAGCAUAUCCACAAGCUGCUGCUUAACUAUAUUCGACACCAGAACGAUGACACCAUUCCGUCCGGUCUGGACCCGUCCCCGGAUCUCGAAGCUGUCGCCGAGAAAGCAUCGCCGAAGGAAACCAACAAAUUGCUGAAACUUCUUCUGAUCGCCGCCAUUAGCUCUCCCAACGCGGAAACUUACGUGCUGACCCUCCAGAAGCUGAGCACGUCGACCCAAGAAGGCCUAAAGGAUAUCAUUGAAGAGGCACACAACGGUCAACACGAGCCUCUAGACGGGGCCGAUGACCUUCCGGAGGAGAGUUCUACACGCGAUCGACCCGUCGAUUUGGAACUCCAGUUCGAGGAGCGCGUUGGAAAGGUGCUCGCGGAAAACGAUCGCCUCACCCACGAGAAGAAAGAGCUGGAGAAGGCAUUGGAGGAUUUGCAUAACCGCUUGGCGCGUCUGCAAGAGAACAAUGACACUCUUCAGAACCGGUUGGCUUCGACCGAAGACCGCCUGGUGACCCUGAAAUCCGGAAAGGGCGAUCUUGGAUUCAAUGCGAAGGCAUUAGAGAGCAAAACUCGUCAGCAGGAUGAUCUGAUCGCAUCGCAGGAGGCAAAGCUGAGCGCCGCCCAAGAUGAAAUUGACAGCCUUCGGAUGACAGUGGAAUCCUUGAAGGUCAAAAAUCAGCGCUAUCAAAAGCUACAGGAUGAUUAUGACGAGCUGCGAACUGAUAGAGAUCAGCUGGCGCGCAAAGCAAAUGCAGCAGAGAAGUACCGUCAAAAACUCCAAGCCAGCCAGGAUUUCGAGAAAGAGAACCAGACUCUCAAGAACCAGAUUAAGGAUAUUCAGCAACAGCUUAAGGAGUCGGACUCGCAGCAACGGUGGUCCUCAGAGCGUGAUGUGGAACUGGAGGAGUAUCGCAAGCUUCUGCCACGUAUCGAGCAGGAGUGCAAUGAAAUUCAAAACCUCAAGAAGCAGCUUGAAUUCAACAACCACGCACUUACCGAGCGUCUCGAGAGUGCAGACGAGCAGCAUGAGAGAGAUGAUGCAUUGAUUAGCGAGCUUCGCGAGCGCCUGCGGGAGCUGGAAGGUUUGCCUGGCAGUCCAUCUCCUGGCUCGGACACGCCCAAGAUGCAGGGUAACUUGCAGAAAGACUUCGAGGCGAUUGGCAUGCGCGAGUCCCAACUCACAUUGAAGAAGAUUGCAGAGGUUCAAGAUACAUUGGAAUCUACCAAAAAGGAUUUGUCUGAUGCUCAGACUCAAAGUCAGUCUUUUCGGUCCAAUACCUGGCGAGAUAGAGACCAAUCUGCUAAUCAAGUUCAAGUCUCUCUUAUUAGCACCGAGAAGGCCGAUGUCUUGCACGAGCUUGAGGAACAUAACUCGGCCGAAUUGGUUAAACUCCGCGGCGACUGGGAUACUCUUACUCAGAAUGUGCACCACUUGGAGGCCGAAGUCGACGCUAGUCAGACACUAGUCCGCGAAGUGUGCGCUGAACGAGAGGAGCUGCGCAAGAUGCUCGACACCAAACAAAAUGAGAUCAGUGUAGAGGACCAAGAGGUCAUGAAAGAGAUGCAGAUGCUUCUGGGCGAGUUCGAAACCCAUAACAGCGAGGGCAGCGACACUUCUCAGAAGUCGAGCUUUGAGCUUCUCAAACAGUGCGCUGGUGUCUUGGAAAAGAAUGUCGAGCGGUUGGCUCAGCGAGCAGAGUAUAUCCAGCAGCAGAAUGAUCUCAUCAAGUCACUGCGGGAGAGCAUGAAGAACUACGAAGAGAACUUGGAUGACGGAAUUCCCAAAGAGCGUGAGAUGGAGCUUCAAAGAACAAUUGACGACCAAGCUCGUGAACUCAAGCUCGUCAGCUCGGCCUGGUAUCAGCUCCAGAGCCGGUGGCAAAAUAACAAUAUGACCGUCUCGCGAUACCGACAUGGGGCUAACAUGGCGGAUCCUCGGGGCUGGCUAGCCAAGCAACGCAGCGUAGUUGCCGGUCAAUAA